AUGCAGAUUUUGAUUUUUCUAUUUCUCCUUCUCACCUACAUGUUGAGUCUAACUGGCAACCUGAUCAUCCUCCUCCUUAUAUUAGUGGAUUCCCAUCUCAAAACUGCCAUGUACUUUUUUCUCCAAAAUUUUUCCUUCUUAGAAAUCUCCUUCACUUCUGCCUGCAUUCCUAGAUUCUUGUACAGUAUAUCAACAGGUGACAGGGCCAUUACCUAUAACGCUUGUGCAUGCCAACUAUUUUUUACAUACAUGUUUGCAGUAACAGAAUUUUUUCUCCUGGCCGCCAUGUCUUUUGAUCGCUACGUGGCCAUCUGCAAACCCCUGCAUUACGUGACCAUCAUGAACCACAGGGUCUGCCGAAGGAUUGUCUUCUGCUGUUGGAUGGCCACCUUGUUGAUCAUCUCCCCACCGUUUAGCUUCGGACUGGCCCUGGAAUUCUGUGACUCUAAUGUCAUUGACCACUUUGUCUGUGAUGUUAAUCCACUCCUGAAGAUCGCCUGCUCAGAGACAAGGUUCAUUGAACAGAUGACUCUUGCUGGCUCUGUGCUGAUCUUUAUCCUGACGCUCGUAUGUGUGGUUUUGUCCUACGUCUGCAUCUUUGUCUACAUCAAACCUUCAGCAAAAGAUGAAAUGACCAUUAAUAAGGGAGUGACGAUACUCACUACUUCCAUUUCCCCCAUGUUAAACCCAUUUAUUUAUACUCUGAGGAACAAACAAGUGAAACAAGCCUUCAACGACUUAGUCCAAAGAAUUAUAUCACUCUCAAAGAACUAG